GCAUCUCGUGUUCAAAUUCUGCACUUCAUGCUCGGCCUCUGCAGCUCGUGGCUGACCUUGGCACUUGUGUUUGAGCUUUUUAGUUCAUUCUCAACCCCUGCACUUCGUGCUCGACCUCUGCAGCUCGUGUUUGAGCCAUGUAGCUUGUGUUUGAGCUCUGCAGUUCGUGCAGCUCAAAAGAUCUUGCCCGAGUUCUGCAUCGUGCUUGUGAGCUCGGCAACUCGUGCUUUUGAACUCAGUAGCUCGCAACUCAUGUUCUUGCAGUUCGCUUCUCAUGCUCCUGCAAUUUCCAGCUCGUGUUGCAGCAGGGACUUUACAACUCGGUGGUGUCCAGUACCUUCAGAGCUUCCAUCUCUAACACUACCAUCAGCGUUUUCUGUCAUUGGAACCAUAGCCGCUUUGUUGCUGUCGUGCUUGGCUGUUGUGCUGCUACCGAGCUGGGCUGCUUUGCUGCUACCGAGCUGGAGCAUUGCUUUGAACUUUGCUGCUGCCAAGCUAGGCUGCUCUGCUGCUGCCAAGCUGGGCUGCUCUACUGCUGCCGAGCUGAACUGCCUCACUUCUGCCAAGCUGGAGCAUUAUUUUGUUGCUGCCGAGCUCAUGGAAGAAUUUAGGAGGGUCAUUUGGCAGUCUGGACCACCUGAGUGUUUUGCUCUUCAGGCAGUUCAAGAAGUUAUAAAACCUCAGAAACAAAUAAAAUUAGCAUGGGAUGAGAUCAAUUGCUGGAGAAUAUGCUUCGGACAUUACUCCAGGAAUUGGCAUCAUCAGCAGUUCAAUCAGUAGAGGAAGUCAUGCAGUAUGGAAAGUCAAUUGAUGAUGGAGAAAAUAUGCAUGGUGUCAUCCCAUGCCUUCUGGACAUUACUCCAGGAAUUACCAACUGAAUAGAUGGGAAGUACAUCCAUGGUUGAAGAAUAGAGGGGCACAUAAUUG